CGCUGUUUUGUUCCUUUUCAAUACAUCUUUCUCACCUAGUUAUGUAUUUCUCGCCUCUUCGCACAGUUCUUCCUCCGAACCUAGGAGACACUAAUGCCUAGAACUUCACUAUGAUGGCGUUAUUUUGUACGUAAAAGGGGUGCACCCUGGCCGACCGCCUCUUUCAUUCACAAUAUCGUAUGCAAGGUAUUAUUGCAUAUGUGGUGUGGUCACUCUACGAACACUUCCAGCAUUUCCGUGGUUACAUGCAUACAUGUAUCAUCUUUUCACUGAUCUGAUACACGGAGUUACAUGUCUUCGAACAUAACAUACUCGGAUAUCCAAAUAUCUAGUGUAUUAGUCAACUCGUAACUCCGAGCUGGUCAAGUUCUUAGGAGUGUCCGCCAUUAUACUACCCCUGUUCUAUAAUACACGGAUCACCACUAAUACCUGACAUAUGUACCAUACAGUAGUCCUGUACAGUACCCACAACGCACUCCGUAGUGUCGAUAAAACGCACUACAAAAAAUCCCAGCCCACUUAGCGUACAUCGUAACCGAUACAAUAGCUCCUGAGCUCGUCAAAUAUUUUUGUUGUGAAUAAUUUCUUUUCUCUUUCCAAACUUCUCUCACUCUUUCUUUCAACCACUCUUCAUCAACAUAAGUUAACAUAGGUUAUUUGGUACCAUUAACCCAGCUAAUAUUACCCCGCGAAACCCGCCUCUGUAAGGCGACAAUUUCUUCGUCCCAAAGUGGACGAUGUCGGACCAUGAGGCCGCCACCUUAAACGUCCACGAUGACGAGAAACUCGGCGACCUAGAGCAGGGAACAAAGCCAGCUAGCCACAAUACACGCCGAAGCUCCUCGACGAGCACCGCACAAGACGAGAGCAGCCAAGAGAAUGAAAGUGUUCCGCCCAUCCCCGCUACAAACGACCAACCCAACAGUCUGCCUAACAACCCUGCCCCGGCGGUGGCGGAGGCUGCCGUGACGAACAUGGACCCUGAGAAAGGACGUACGAAGCUAGAGACGACCUUGGUCGUUCUCGCGCUCUGUUCGGCGCUCUUCCUCGCCGCCCUUGACGUCACUAUCAUCGCAACCGCUAUCCCCACCAUCACGGAACAGUUCCAGUCCCCGGCCGGCUACACCUGGAUCGGCGCGGCCUAUCUGCUAGCAAACAGCGCCACUGUCCCUAGUUGGGGCAAGAUCAGUGAUAUCUGGGGACGAAAACCCAUUCUCUUGGCUGCCGUCGCCAUCUUCUGGAUUGGCUCGCUGCUGUGCGCACUGAGUGUUAGCAUCGGCAUGUUGAUAGCAGCCCGCGCCAUCCAGGGCAUUGGCGGCGGUGGCAUUAUCGUCCUCGUCAACAUCUGUGUCGGUGACUUAUUCUCUAUGCGCAAGCGGGGCAUGUACUACGCCUUUUUCGGCAUGGUGUGGGCUGUCGCCUCGGCCAUCGGGCCUGUCCUUGGCGGCGUCUUCACCACUAAAGCUACUUGGCGUUGGUGCUUUUACGUGAACUUGCCUAUUAGUGGUGUGGGGUUCGCGGUGCUUUUGUUCGUGCUCAAGUUGCACAACCCUCGUACACCGGUUCGGGAGGGCUUGGUCGCCAUUGAUUGGCUAGGUAGUCUCCUUAUCAUCGGCGGUACACUCAUGUUCUUAUUCGGCCUCGAGUUCGGUGGUGUUACCUACCCCUGGAAUUCGGCACCGACGAUAUGUCUUAUUGUAUUCGGCCUGGUCACCAUCGGCCUUUUCAUCGCCGUCGAGAAAUGGUAUGCCAAGUAUCCGGUUAUCCCGCUUCGGUUAUUUAAAUUCGGCAAAAACAUAUCCACCUUCGGGAUCUGCUUUGCCCACGGCGUCGUCUUCAUCUCCGGAAGUUACUACCUGCCGCUAUACUUCCAAGCGGUCUUGGCUUCUUCCUCUCUACUCUCAGGUGUUUACAUAUUGCCAUAUGUCCUCUCGCUUUCCUUCAUGUCGGUCGCAUCAGGCUUCUUUAUGAAGAAGACGGGCAAAUAUCUACCGGCUAUUAUUUUUGGAAUGGUAUUCAUGACGCUUGGAUACGGCUUAUUCAUCGACCUCGGCGCCGAAGCACAUUGGGCCAAGAUCAUCAUAUAUCAAAUCAUCGCCGGUAUCGGUGUCGGGCCUAAUUUCCAGUCGCCUCUCAUAGCGUUGCAAACUUCCGUCGAGCCCCGCGACAUCGCCGCAGUGACUUCCACGUUCGGCUUUGUCCGCCAACUGUCCACUUCCAUCUCUGUGGUAAUCGGUGGUGUAGUGUUCCAGAAUGGCAUGGACAAGCAAUAUCCAACGCUUCUAGCUCAACUCGGCCCAGAGCUAGCAGGACAACUCUCAGGUGGAAGCGCCGGCGGCAACGUUGGUCUCGUGGCCUCUUUACAAGGCGUUCAAGGCGAGAUAGCUCGCACAGCUUAUUGGAACAGUUUGCGUGACAUGUAUAUUAUGUACGCGGUCAUUUCAGGUGUGGGGGUUCUGAUAAGUCCGUUCAUCAGCCAACGGACGCUAUCCAGAGAGCACCACGAACACAAGACAGGCUUGCAGAGCCUCCGUGAGAACGGAGAGGGAGGAAAGCCUUCGUCGAGUGUUAAAGCUUGAAAAAUAGAAAUUAUAAUAGAGAAAGAAAAGUGGGUUGGGUUGGUAGGAGGUAUAAAAGUAAUGGCCUGCUAUGUAUGUAGGUACCUACCUAGGUUUGGUAGGGAGGUAACUAAUGGUAAUGCAUGUACGUUUCAAACAUUAAACUUACGCAUAUAAUAAUAAGAAUCACGAGAUACCUGCCGAAGCCCGU